AUGCCACUGCAAAGGAUUGAGGCCGCGCACGCCCUGACGUUUGACGCCUUUUGCUCCGAGGCGAUUGAGAGUAGCGCUGCGGACCUUCUCACAGUCACCUCGGCCUCUGAGCUCAAGUUCACGCCUGCUUUCAGCCAAGAAAAGGAGGGAGCGGUGAACAAGCGUGGCAGUGGGUGCGAUGUCAUCAUGAGCAGCCUGCGGCACAGAUGUAGGGCGCGGACCCGCCGGCAAGGUGUUAUGGUGACGCGCACCAACAUGGAGAACCCGGAGCAGCAGCGAGUGAGCGAUGAGGAGUGGGUUGAGGCUAUGCUUGCACGGACGGCUCGCCGCCUCGUGCGCAUCUACCCUCGAGGCACGCGCACGAAGAGCGACAACUUCGACCCGCUGCCCUACUGGAGUGCAGGGGCGCAGCUGUGCGCGCUCAACUUGCAGACCAACGAUCUGCCGACGCAGCUGCACCAUGCGCUCUUUGAGCUCAACGGCGGCUCCGGUUUUGUGCUCAAGCCGGCCGAGAUGCUCGGAAACGCGCCCCGCUGGCCUCCUCCGCGCGUGCUGCUGCACGUGGCGACGCUGCGCCCGAUCUCGCUCCUCAAUUUGCCGGCGGUCGGCACGGAUAGGCCGGAUCUGAUCGGGCCACGCGCCGAGUCGCACAGGCACUGCAGUGGCCUCUCCAUCGCGCUAGGUCGGUCUGGAAGCGGGUCGCCGCACGUCACCACUGAAACUGGCAAGGGUGACGACGCCGCGGCCACUUCCAACAACCUCCCCUCUCUCAGCAUCGAGCUGCACACCAUCGGUGGCUUCGCGUGUCUCGUGCGCGGAAAGGGUGGUGGCUGCAGCUCUACGCACUUCGAGGGCGAGUUGCACUGCGUCGCGGCGGAGCCGCAGCAAACAGUGCUGCGAGUGGCGGUGGUCGACGAGGCCGACGCGGAGGUGGCGUACGAGACGUGCGUGCUCGGCGUGCUGCGGGAGGGCUACCGCGUCCUUCACCUGCGCUCGAUGCGAGGUACGCGCAUCAAGAACUGCUUUCUGCUCUGCCACGUCUCCUUCACCACCCAGGUCAACGCUUGGGUCGGCGAGCAGCCUAUGGUGACGACGCUUCGCCAGUUGCAAGGCGAGGUCGACUCAGCUCGCAGCCGCAUCCGUGAGCUCGAGGCGCUGGCGGCGCGAGUUAAUCAAGAACGCGAGCCGAUAAGUUAA